AUGUUAGUAUUGCGUUGUUCUAACCUACCCAGCUUGGUACUCCAUCUGUCCCCAUUCUCCCCUUCUAUCCUUCCUAUUGCUCCUCUAACAUCCUUCUAUCUCCCCGCCAUCAGGUCUCUCGCCUUCAACGAGCUGUAUGGGAGCAUACCGAGCACUCUCGCCAAGCUCACGAAGCUCUUAUACCUGGACCUCUCCCACAACUACCUCACAGGACCUGCGGUGACGCUUCAUGCUGCAUGCAUCCUGGAUCUCUACAGCAGCUUCCUUUCGGGCCCUCUGCUUGAUGGGGCAUGCCUGGACAAGAAUUACUCAAUCAGCCAGCCCGUUCUCCUGCGGGCGUCUGUGCUCACCAAGGGGACGCAGCGCGAGACAAGGGGAACCUUUAUCACAGCGCCGGUGACUCUGUUUGUGUACGAAGCAGGGCAGGCGGCGUUGGGGUGUGGGCUGGAGCUCGCCUUCCACGCCAACUUCACCUUCUCCCUCUCGCCUCAAUCCGGCCGCGUGGGCUUCAACGGCUUUGCCUUUGUCGUCUCGGCGACGGACCGGGUUGGGAGCAGCGCCGGUGUGGGGUAUGGUGGGAUGGACUUGAGGAGCAUGGCGGUGGAGUUUGACACUUUGCAGAAUAAGGAGCAUGGCGAUAUGAGUAGCCCACAUGUGGGGCUGAACAUUCGAGGUGAGGACAAGUCAGUUGCCGCUGUGAAAUCUCCCUUCCCUCUGAGCAGCAGGAAGGCGUACACGGCGUGGGUGGACUAUGAGCCGGGGGACCCCGGCACCAUCCAGGUCUUCCUGGCUGACUCGCAGGAGAAGCCGCAGCAGGCGGUGCUGGAGAGGAGGCUGGCGCUGUGUGAGGUGCUGCAGGGUGCAGCCGAGCAGCCCGCCUUCUUCUUUGGCUUCGUGGCAUCCACCACUGUGAAGCCGUUUCAGCGCCACGUCAUUCUUGAAUCCACGGUGGACACAGGUAUGCUGCGGAGAUAA